CCGGUUCGAAGCACAGGUGAGCAGGUGCGCAUCGGAAGCACGUGAACGGUGUGGUUUCUGUUGCGGGAAGAAAAUCAAGUGCAGGUACUGAAGAAUCAACUGCCUGUGUUUUCUGCAUCUGGACCAGGAUAGAGUAUCAUCUGUGUGUGUCAGUAUGAGGUUUAAACAGGAAGUGAGUCCUGUGCUUGAGCUGAUGUUUCGAAUGCUGGUCAGGUUGUAUUCGCUGGUGUCAUACCUGCCGUAUCUGCUGCUGAAAUCUUCAGACUCUGAAUCUCUGUCUGAGUGCUCAAGGAGGGUGAAGGCCCGGUCUGUGAGCGCUCAUCCGGAGGGGCCGUACCGGGACGUGUCCGCUUUACAGACGCUUUCAGUGUGUGUGCAGCGCGAAGUGAACACACUCGACCGGGUGUUUGAAGCGUCUGUGAGACGAAAUCCUGAACAUGACUGUCUGGGGACACGAGAGAUGCUGAGCGAAGAAGAUGAGCGACAGGAGGAUGGAAGAGUCUUCAAGAAGGUGAUAUUGGGAGAGUAUCGCUGGAUGUCGUAUGAUCAGGUGUAUAGAGAGGCGAGAGAGUUUGGAAGCGGUCUGACUUCUCUGGGACAGAAACCUCUGACAAACAUCGCCAUCUUUUGUGAAACCAGAGCCGAGUGGAUCAUAGCAGCGCUGGCCUGUUUCAACAACAACUUCCCAUUGGUAACUCUUUACUCUACUCUUGGUGGUCCUGCGAUUGUUCAUGGACUCAAUGAAGCCGAAGUUUCUCACAUCAUCACCAGCACAGAACUUCUGAAAACCAAACUCAAGGAUAUUUUGUUGGAGGUACCGAGGUUACGUCACAUCAUCGUUGUUGAUAAUAAACUGGAUGGCGGGUCAGUUUACCCACGAGGCAUCAGUGUUCACAGCAUGAGCGCUGUGCAGAGAGUGGGAGCACAGCCUGAGAACGCGUCGAGACAGGUACUUCCUCCGUGUGCGUCUGAUAUCGCUGUGAUCAUGUACACGAGUGGAUCCACCGGAAUACCAAAAGGAGUCAUGAUCUCUCACAGUAACAUUAUUGCAGGAAUUACCGGAAUGUCUGAGAGGAUUCCCAACCUCGGUAAGGGUGACGCAUACAUUGGUUAUCUUCCGCUGGCUCAUGUUUUAGAGUUGAGCGCUGAGUUGGUGUGUUUAGCUCAUGGGUGUAGAAUUGGCUACUCUUCACCACAAACACUCGCUGACCAGUCAACAAAGAUAAAGAAGGGAAGUAAAGGAGAUUGUAGCGUCCUGCAGCCCAGUCUCAUGGCAGCUGUACCAGAGAUCAUGGACCGGAUCUAUAAGAAUGUGAUGCUGAAGGUGGAGCAGAUGAGUGUUUUUCAGAGAACUCUGUUUCUAUUGGCUUAUAACUAUAAGAAGGAGCAGCUCGCUUUGGGAUACAACACCCCCCUGUGUGACAGGCUGGUCUUCCGGAAAGUUCGGGCGUUACUAGGUGGCCGUUUACGGGUGUUGUUAUCAGGCGGUGCUCCGUUGUCAGCGGAGACCCAGCGCUUCAUGAACAUCUGUUUCUGUUGUCCUGUGGGUCAGGGGUACGGCCUCACAGAGACCAGCGGUGCUGGAACCAUCAGUCAGCUUUGGGAUUACAGUACGGGAAGAGUCGGAGCACCUCUGGUUUGCUGUGAGAUCCAGCUGAAGGACUGGACGGAGGGUGGUUACCAGAGCACAGAUAAACCCUGUCCACGAGGAGAGAUUCUGAUUGGUGGACCUAAUGUAACCAUGGGGUACUAUAAGAACAAGAAGAACUGUGAGGAUUUCUUUGUGGAUAAGAAAGGCCAGCGGUGGUUCUGCACGGGAGACAUCGGAGAGUUUCAUGGAGACGGUUGUCUAAAGAUUAUUGACCGUAAGAAGGACCUGGUGAAGCUUCAGGCUGGAGAAUAUGUUUCUUUGGGAAAGGUGGAAGCCGUCCUGAAAAACUGCCCUCUCAUCGACAACAUCUGUGCAUAUGCCAACAGCAAUGAAUCUUACGUAAUUGGCUUCGUGGUGCCCAAUCAGAAACAGCUCAUGGCGCUUGCAGAGAGGCGGCGUGUCAAUGGUUUGUGGGAAGAGCUUUGUAACAGCCCUGUCAUUGAGGAGGAGGUGCUUAAAGUCAUCACAGAGGUGGCACUGACAGCUCAGUUAGAAAGGUUUGAGAUUCCAUGUAAGAUCUGUUUGAGUACGGAUGCCUGGACCCCGGAGACAGGCCUUGUGACGGACGCUUUUAAACUCAAACGGAGAGAACUGAAAACUCAUUACCAGCAUGAUAUCGAGAGAAUGUACGGUGCCAAAUAAGAACCAUUUCUGAUUACAACCACUGAAAAAUAAUGUAUAGAUUGAAUGCAUUGUAAUUCGCUUUGAAUAAAAAGCAUCCGCCAAAUGCAUAAAUGUAAAUAAAUGGACAGCUUGACAAAACUGGACCACCAAUCAGGACUUCAAAAGAAGUAUUUCAAUAAUGAUAUGGCCAGAUAAAUCCUAGCAUCAUUUUCUCAGAUUUGACCCAAAUCACUCUUGAACGUCUAUCCAAUCAGAUUGGAGGUACAGAAGUAGGAAUUCUAUCCUGCUCGAAAGCUGUGCAUCAUGUGAUAAACUCAUGCUCUCAGCAGGAAUCAUUUAGACAUUAAACAGAACAACUUUCUCUACUGUUUGUAAUCUUUCUUUAACUUUAAUCUCUUGAUCUUGUCAUGUGUGAACUGUCUUAAAGAGACAAAUUGAGCAAAUUAUAUAAAAAUAUCUUGAACAAAUUUGUCUUUCUCUAUUAGACUUACAUUAAUUCAGUUUUUAGUAAGUGUAUAUUGGCUAAUGCAGAGUAUGAAAUGUAUGCCUAUUAAAGUUAUCCUGCUGGACAGAAUACAA